AUGGCAAAGAAAAAGAAUAAGCAGAUCAUCCGACCUUGGUGCUGGUAUUGUGAGCGGGAGUUUGAGGAUGAGAAAGUCCUAAUGCAACACCAGAAGGCCAAACAUUUCAAAUGCGGCAUGUGUCCCCGUAGGCUCAAUACAGCUGGAGGCUUGGCAGUUCAUAUCCAACAGGUUCACAAACUCGAACCAGAAAAUCUUCCCCGUAUCGAGAACGCACUACCUGGCCGCGACGGCUACGAAGUCGAGAUCUUCGGAAUGGUCGGCAUUCCCGCACCCGAUGUGGCAGAUUACAAGCGUCGCAAAGAAAUCGAACUCGGGCUCUCAGCCGGCUCCAUCUCCCAGCCCCCGCCCAAGCGGGCCAAGAUUGAGAACAGGCCCCUCUCGGAAUCGGAGCUCAAAGCUCAGUUGGAGGCGCACAAAGCCUUGAUGGGUAAUUCACAAGGUGCAGAAUCGUCGGCUGCAGCAUCAACAAGCGAUGCGAGCAUAGGAGCGGUAUACGGCGCUGCACCGCAGGCGUACGCUACCCCUCCGCCUCCGAUGAGUGGUGGGCCCCCACCCCCAGGCUUCUUUGGUGCUCCACCCCCUGGCUUCCCAUCAGGCGGCCCACCCCCCUUCCCGCCCCCAUUUAUGGCGGGCUUCCCACCUGGCCCCCCUCCCCCAGGAUUCCCUAUGCCACCUGGUUUUCUCCCGGGCGGCCCCGCCCCACCCUUCCCCCCAGCUGGUGCUCUCCCCCAGUUCCCGCCCCCCCCCUUCAUCCCAGGUGCGAGCGCGACUCCACCCAUCCCCCCUUUACCGCCUCGAGGGCUGCCUCCACCACAGUUCAUACCUGCCCAACAGCAGCCGACGCCGACUUCGACACCUCAGCCACCUGUUGCCCCUCCCCCCGUUGGGCCACUCGCUCCUUCCGCUGGUGGGCCACUUCCUUCUGCUGGUGGACCUACCUCUUCCGAAAGUCAAGGUCUAACGACGGAAGUUCGACCUGCGGAUCCCCGUCAGGGAGCAAGCCAACUUAUUCAUCCUCCGAGACAGCUAACGCUGCCUAACCCAGCGCUUGCGCAGGUUAAUCCAGAGUUCAAGAAACCGACCAUCCUCAAGUGGUUGGAUCCAAAUUUCUCACCUGAGGAACAACGCUCAAUCCACCCUACGUACUUUAACUUCGUCGCCAUCAGCAGUUCCGAAGAGUCGAAGGGUAAGAGUUUGAAGAGGGCCAGAGCUGAGGAUUUCUUGUAG